AUGUCGACCGACGCCGCUGCCGCCGACAUCCCGGUGCCUCAGGUGGAGGCGACCGCCGACCCCGUCGUGGAGACCACGACUGACGCCCCCGCCGGCGACGCCAAGACGACCAAGGCGACCAAGGCCAAGGCCGCCAAGACCCCCAAGGCGCCCAAGGUGAAGAAGCCCUCCGCCCCGAGGAAGCCCAAGGCCGCCCCCGCCCACCCGACCUACGCUGAGAUGGUGGCGGAGGCGAUCGCCGCGCUGAAGGAGAGAGGCGGGUCGAGCACCGUCGCCAUCGCCAAGUACAUCGAGGACAAGCACAAGGCGCACCUCCCGGCCAACUUCCGCAAGUUCAUGCUGACGCAGAUCAAGAAGCUCGUCGCCGCCGGCAAGCUGACCAAGGUCAAGGCCUCCUACAAGCUCACCAAGGCCCCCGCAGCGCCCAAGAAGCCCAAGACCAAGGCGCCAGCCAAGAAGAAGCCCGCGGCGAAGAAGGCGCCGGCCAAGAAGCCCGCCGCCAAGUCCCCAGCCAAGAAGAAGCCCGCCGCCAAGCCCAAGGCCAAGGCCCCCGCCAAGACCACCGCCGCCGCCGCCACCCCCAAGAAGGCCGCCCCCAGGAAGCCGCCCACCAAGCGGUCGGCGCCCGUGAAGAAGGCCGCGCCCGCCAAGAAGACCCCCGCCAAGAAGGCCAAGAAGUAG